AUGGACGCGACCAUGGGGAGCAUGGCCCCCACCGGGCUCAAGGGGAAGCUGGCGGCGCUUGAGGAUUUUAUCUCCAUGCAGAACGAAGAGCUGGCUGCGCAGCGUCAGGAAAUUGAGAGCCUUCGUGGCGACAAGGCUGGCAUCGAGGAGCACUACCAGGGCCAGCUGCAGGAGCUGAAGAAGACCAUGGUCGGCGACGUGCAGCGGCUGCAGGACGAAGUCAAGCGGCACUUUGCGCAGCAAAAGGCCGAAAACGCUCGUUUGCAACAGCAAGUCACCACCUUGAAGGGCGAAAAGACGUCCUUGCAGCAGCAGAUCCUCGGACUCCAACGGCGAAUCCAAGAAAUCGAAGAGCAGGCCAACGUUUUCAUAACUCUACCUUUGGUGUGGUGGGAUGUGAUGAUCGAGCAGGCUGACGACAUCAUGGAUGCCACUAUGGGGAGCAUCGCUCCGACCGGGCUCAAGGGGAAGCUGGCGGCGCUAGAGGAUUUUAUCUCCAUGCAGAACGAAGAGCUGGCUGCGCAGCGUCAGGAAAUUGAGAGCCUUCGUGGCGACAAGGCUGGCAUCGAGGAGCACUACCAGGGCCAGCUGCAGGAGUUGAAGAAGACCAUGGUCGGCGACGUGCAGCGGCUGCAGGACGAAGUGAAGCGGCAUUUCGCGCAGCAGAAAGCAGAGAAUGCACGCCUGCAACAACAGAUCACAACCUUGAAAGGUGAGAAAACGUCCCUACAGCAGCAGAUCCUGGGUUUGCAGAGGCGAAUCCAGGAAAUCGAGGAGCAGGUUGGUGCAGACUAA